GCACCAACUUCCUCCACUCGUUUACCACACUUGAUUUCCAGCAAUCGGUCUGACCUUGUGCUACCUUUGCCCAAAUCAACUACACUCUUUACGUCUCUCCCAUCACCGCCAGCGCUGCCUUCGCCAUGCAGUGGCUCCAGCUUGUCGCCCUCUUCGCAGGCGCUGUUUCUGCAGCUCAGCCUCUUGCUGCUCCACGCGUUCAACGUGCUCUCAGCGACAUCACCACCGCGGUCGUCCUCACCACGUCCACGUACACCGUCACUGAGUGUGCCACGGAUGCUACGAACUGCCCUGCUAGCGCCACGGUGCUUCGGACGUCUACUACCGUUGUCAGCGUCACCACCACCAUCUGCUCGCUCACCUCAACACCUGGAGUCGAGCCACCUGCUUCCGGUGUGUCUCCGACUUCAGUCGCUAGCUCAGUUCUUCCAUCAAACUCCCUCGACUUCUCCGUUAGCAUCAUCCCCCCGAGCCCGACGACUUCGAUUGCGCUGCCAAUUGUAUCGGCCUCCUCCCUGGGGGUCUCUAUCAGCAUCAGCAUCAUCACAGGGUCUUCAGUCUCACUGCCAUUGACUAUCAACACUCUCUCAGAUGCUGUACAGACAUCCUUCCCUCCAGGUGGACAGGCAUCUUCCAACAGCUACGCUCCUCCCCAAUCGAGCGCUCUUCCAACUUUCAGCCCAUCAGGAACCGCCAUUGGCUCGAUUAGCAGUCUCGGUUCAGAUGUGCCUGUCUCUAGCGUAUUCGUUACGGCAACUGUACCAGGCACACUAAUCUCAACCGCCACUGAUGCAAUCUCGACCUCAAGCGGGGCCUCCUCCAGCGGAGACAACACCCCUUCAAGCUCAGGUGCCAAUUCCUUGAUCCCUUCGAAUACCAACACGGACUCGGUCCCUACCUCGUUGCCCAUCUCUUCAGCUGGUCCUAGUUCCGCUGGCCUUUCGUCGAGCGGGUAUGCCAUCCCUCCCGGUAGCUCGGAAGCCCCUUCGAGCUCAGGUGGUAGCCUGUUAAUACCCACCAACACCAAUACAGACUCAGUGCCUACCUCAUUCGCUGUCUCUUCAGCUGGACCUAGUUCUGCUGGCCUCUCGUCGAGUGGGUACAUCAUCCCCUCUGGUAGUUCGGCCGUUCCUUCAAACACGAAUACGGACUUCGUGCCUGCGCCUACUUCCUUCUCCAUCUCUUCGUCUGGCCCUAGCUCUACUGGCCCUUCGUCAAGUGACUCUGCUGGCCCUUCGUCCGGCAGCUCCGCCGUUCCUUCUAGCAGCUUGGUCCUUUCUUCGGGCACCGUCACAGGCGUUGUACCAACUUUACAUUUGCCGUCUGGCCUGGAGUCGACCACUGCAGCUCCUACACCGGGCCCGUCGAGCACUGCUCAUGGAAGCUCGUUUGGGUCUUCUCUAACCGCACCACCCGGCUCUCUCAGCACUGUCUCGCGCACGCAGCCCACGAUAACAUCCGUGAGCUCCGGUUAUCCAGCCCCACCAUCACCAGUCGAGUCCGACUCUUCCGAAAUCGAUAGCACUAUUAGAAUUACGAGCUAUCUGACACAUACGCGGACGUCCUUCAUCACCAAGCCGCCUCCACCCAACAAGUCCAACACCGAUACCCAGGCUGCGCCCACAAGCCGUCCCUCGAGCGUGUCAGCUCGUCCAUCUGGAUCUGGUUACCCAUACCCGUCUGGUAGCGGUAACGGCACCGUCAUCUCUCCCAAGCCCACCUUCAGCGACGUUCCCAUCAACAUGGGCCAGGUUGUUGGGGCAGGCAAGAGCUCCCUUGCGGCAAUCGUUGUUGCUCUCGGCUUCGCACACUUUGCAUAAGUCGGUCACAAUUCGAUGAUCGCGCCGUCUAGUAUCAUCAUGGCGUCGUCGGCACGCUGAUGCGGUGGUGGGUCAGACGGGAGGACAUUAUUGCAUCGUCUAUCAAGCCUAGCAUUGCUUGCAAUCCGGCUCCUUUCACAUACUUACACUGUGGUCUCAUGGGUAACGGGGUGGGAUUAGGAUCUUUCUAGGGUGCGUUCUUUAGCUAGGCAGGGCUUUCUCUCACAUGUACUACAAGUUACUGGCGGCCGGAAGCAAGUCUAGCAUGUAAUAUAUGACACCUUUUAGUACGGCCGUCAAGUCUUGUCUUUGAUGCGUGUGAUGAGAUUGAUGGAUGGUGAUGCGAGUGUGAUGAGGUUGCCCAGGUGCCGUGUUCGUUCGGAGGCCAGCCCCGGAAAGCUAAACCGCUUGCAUGCUUAGUGUGCUCGACCUGCUAUUAAACACGAUUGC